UCUGAAACAAGCUCUCAUUCCCAUUCCCAUGGCGGAAACUCAAUCCUCAGCACCACAGAUCACCAUCAACCCCAACAAUGGCUUCUCCCCACAAACCAGCAUCUACCACAGCCUCCGCCCCGCCGUCCCUCUCCCCCCUCUCUCCGAACCCCUCUCCAUCGUUCAGCACGCACUCUCUCUCCUCCACUCCCCAACCACCGCCACCUCCGCCGCCCUCUCCACCACCCCCUUCCUCAUCAACGCCGCCACCGGCCACCGCGUGACCUACUCCACCUUCCUCCGACAAGUCGCCUCUCUCACAUCCUCCCUCCGCCCUUCCCUCUCCAAAAACGACGUCGUAUUCGUCCUCGCCCCGCCGUCUCUCCACAUCCCCGUACUCUACUUCUCUCUCCUCUCCCUCGGCGCCGUCGUCUCGCCCUCCAACCCGCUGUCCUCCCCCUCCGAGUUGGCUCACCAGGUCCGACUCUGUAAACCCGCGCUCGCGUUCGCCACCUCGGAAACAUCUAGAAUGCUCCCGCCGAAUACCCCCAUUAUCCUCCUCGAUUCGCCGGAGUUUCUGUCCAUGCUCGAAUCGGGGGUUUCCGCCCCCUCACAAAACGACGUCGUCGUGGAUCAAUCGGACCCCGCCGCUAUCCUCUACUCCUCCGGCACCACCGGGAAAGUGAAAGGGGUGGUGCUCACCCACAGGAAUCUGAUAGCGGUGAUCGCCGGAAUGUACCAAAAUCAGUUUGGGGAUGGCGACAGCGACGCUCGUAUUCAAUCGGUGUCGCUGUUCACGCUGCCGUUGUUCCACGUGUUCGGAUUUUUCAUGCUGAUUAGGGCGGCGGCGCUGGGGGAGACGGUGGUUCUGAUGGAGAGAUUCGAUUUUGUGGAAAUGCUGAAGGCGGUGGAGAGAUACAGGGUUACUGCUGUGCCGGUGACGCCGCCGCUGGUGGUGGCGAUGGCGAAGUCGGAUCUGGUGGAUAAGUACGACUUGAGGUCGUUGCAGACGAUGGGCUGCGGCGGAGCGCCGCUGGGGAAGGAGGUUUCCGAGCGGUUCAAGGAGAGGUUCCCCCACGUGGAGAUUUUCCAGGGGUAUGGUUUGACCGAGAGUACAGGAGGGGCAACGCGGGCCAUGGGGCCCGAUGAGGCAAAACGGUACGGCUCCGCGGGCCGAUUGUCGGAGAAUAUGGAAGCCAAGAUAGUUGACCCUCUGUCUGGGAACCCCUUACCUCCGGGACAACGUGGAGAACUAUGGUUACGAGGGCCCGCCAUUAUGAAAGGUUAUGCUGGAGACGAUGCAGCAACAUCUGCAACCUUGAAUUCAGAAGGGUGGCUAAAAACCGGAGAUCUCUGUUAUUUCGACCAAGAUGGAUUUCUCUUUAUUGUCGAUAGGCUCAAAGAAUUGAUUAAAUACAAGGCAUAUCAGGUUCCUCCAGCUGAGCUGGAACAUUUACUUCAAUCAAUCCCUGAAAUCGCUGAUGCAGCAGUUAUUCCAUAUCCCGAUGAAGAUGCAGGUCAGAUUCCAAUGGCAUAUAUCGUGAGAAAACCUGGUAGCACUAUUACCGCAACUGAAAUAAUGGACUUCAUCGAGAAACAGGUUGCUCCAUAUAAAAAGAUACGUCGUCUUGCAUUUAUCAACUCGAUUCCAAAAUCUCCAGCAGGGAAGAUUCUACGGAGGGAGCUGGUUAUUCAAGCCAGCUCAUCUAAACUGUGAAAAUCGACUAAUCUUGUUCAUAGCAAAGGUAUAUAGUUGGAAAAAAUAUGUUGGAUUUUAGCAAGUAUUUCCUUUUUUAUUUUAUUUUAAGGAACAAAGGAUGAGAUGGUUUUUGUCAGUUUUAAUACCAGAGACAUGUUGGAUUGAUCUGCAUCAGUUCAUUGAUGAAUGUGAAGUUAAGGAUUCCAAAAUUUGUAAUAAUAACUUUGUGGAAUUGUCUAUUGAGUUUCAAAUAGUCUCGAACA